GGACGGACUUCUCAUGAAGAUGCAAGUGAACACCACUGCCCAGAAUGGAACCUGAACCAAAGGGGGCAGCCUUUACAUGGUAGCCUGAUCUGCUAGAAACAGCAGUCAACUUACCCUCAAAGCACACUAUACAUUCUUAAAAAGAAAAACAACAAAAAAAAAAAGACAAUGGAUAAUGUAGUCAUAGAUAUGCAAUCAGACAGGGUGGUCAUAGCUGGAAUGUCACUGGCCAUAAGUCUGUUUCAUUCAGGGUUGACUUGGACCUUAGACAACAACUUCUGAUAUUCUUUUUCCAUCCUCCUCAUCCUUCUCUACCUUAUCGUUACUGAUGCCAGAGCCAGCAGACCUAAGGAGAGAACAUGUCAUCUGGUGUUUACUCGUUUCUGUUUUGCUGUAACAAGGGCAAAAGGGGGAAAAUCUGGUGGGAAAUUUGGGGAACAGUGAAGUAACAACUGACCCCGCAAUACAUGACUUAUUUUAUAGUCCCCACAUAAAGAUGAAAUACAAAGUCAACUUCAGCUGGAUUUGAACUCAAAUGUAAUUAAGCAUUGCAAAGAAUUUAACUCAUUCUGCUUGCUAUUUCUGCUAUCCACUGCAGCAACAACAUCAAUAAUAAUAAUAAUAAUAAUAAUAAUAAUAAUAAUAAUUUGUAACAAAGAUUCAAGGUCAGAAAAUUGAGUGGAGAAGAAGGAAGAGACAAUUAACCCAAUACUGGAAGAGUACUUUAUUUAAUCGACCACAGGAAGGAUGAAAAGCCAGGUUGAUUUCAGUGGGAUUUGAACUCAGAAUGUAAAGAGCUCAAACAAAACCACCACAAUAAUUUCCUCAGAAGGCAAGGAACAUAGCCAACACAAUCUGUUGUAGCACGUUACUGGUACUUUGGGGGAGGUGCUCUGAAGUCAUGAACUGAGAGAUGAAAGAUAGCAACCAUUCAACCACUUCCAAGGAGAAUUUGAACCUAGUACCUCGAGAUACAGACAGACUCGGCUGAGAAGUGGAAUAAUACUUCUGAAGGUGUACUAGUCUUUCAUUCUAUUAGAAUUUGGUAAAUUUGGUAUCAACAGGAACAAAUUCUUCAAGCAUCAUGUCUCGUUCUGUGUUGCUGUUACUUACUUCACCGAUUCCAAAGUUGAAAUCAAAGGUACAAGCAAUCUUGCAGGCAUCUAAACAAUAUGCAAAGAACUCGCUCUAUAUCCAACUUCAGCCGAUGCAAAAGCCUUCAAAACCCAGUUCUGCUACAGUGUUUAAACUGAAGCAUGUCGCACCAACAGAAGAUGCCUUUCACCUGAUGCAACAAUUCUAUCAGACCAACGCUGCUUUAUUCAAACAAAUAGAUCUUCGGAUCAUCUUAGAUUCUUUUGGUGCUGCCCCUGUACCUGAUCCUGUGGUUACAAAAACUACAACGUCAUCAUCUGGGCAAGACCAAACUUACCAGUCUUUGAGGAACUUUGACCUCAUACUGCAUGAUUUUAUCACGUCUGAUGCCAACCACAAAAACAAAUUCUUGCAUGAUGUUGCACAUUGCUUUCCCAAGUGUGAUCUGGGUCAAAAUUUUGAGAACAUUGUACCUCUUCCUUUACCGCAAACGCCAUUGAACGAUGAUGCUUCACCGAGAACAACUGAUGACACUUCAGGAGUAGCCUCAGUGGUAAUGACCACGUAUGGCCAUGUCGUGCUGGGUGGAACCUUCGACCGGUUGCAUGCAGGACACAAAGUGUUGCUCACCCAGGCGUGUCUCCUCUCGUCCCAUGCUGUCAUGAUUGGAGUAACAGAUGACAACUUUGCUGCAAGGAAGGUCCUCAGUGAACUACUUGAGCCACUAGAAGUACGGAUGCAGUCUGUCCGGGAUUUCAUUGAGGAUGUCAAGCCAGGCACCAAACUGGAAUUAGUGCCCCUGCAAGACAUGUAUGGACCGACGAUCACCGAUGCAACAAUGGACUGUCUGGUGGUUACCAUGGAGACAAGUAAAGGGGCUACAAUGAUAAACACAGAACGGUCAAAAAGGGGUCUCCCUCCUUUGGAAGUUCGCAUCAUUGAUUUACUGGACGAGGAAGCAAACACGGAGUACCAAGACCUUCUAGAACCAAAGAUCAGUUCAUCAAAUGAACGUAAAUUGUUACUGGGAACAUUGAUAAAGAAACCUGACUUUUCUUCAAAACCAAUUCCAAAUUGGCCAUACUGUAUUGGUUUGACUGGUGGCAUUGCAAGUGGCAAAUCGUCUCUGUGCAAGCGCCUGCAGAAUCUUGGUGCAGCUGUUGUGGACUGUGAUAAAUUAGGUCACCAAGUGUAUUGCAAAGAUACUCCUGUCUAUCAUCAAAUUGUGGAAUAUUUUGGCAAGGAAAUUCUGGCUCCAAAUGGAGAAAUCCAGCGGUCUUCAUUGGGGAAGAUUGUCUUCUCAGAUAAGAAUAAACUGCACCAACUUAACAAUAUGGUUUGGCCUGCCAUAGGAGUUGCUGUCAAAGAGGAAAUUACCAAAUUUGCCAAAGAAGGUAAAGAUAUUGUUGUCAUUGAAGCUGCUGUCUUAUUGGAAGCUAAGUGGACCCACAUGGUGCAUGAAACUUGGGUGGCCAUUAUUCCAAAAAAUGAGGCUGUGAAACGGAUCAUGGAAAGAAACAACUUGAGUAAGGAAGAUGCGGAGGCAAGGAUCGACAGUCAGUUAUCGAAUAAAGAAAGAGUCGAAGCAGCCAACGUGGUUCUAUGUACACAGUGGGAUUAUGAAAUAACACAGCAACAGGUUGAGAAAGCAUGGAAACUGUUACAAGGCCGACUAUUGCCGAAAGACUGAGGCGAAUGUUUGUUUAUAUUUUAAGGAAUAAAUUUUAAAUCAUGUAUUACUG